AUGGCACAGAGUUUUGGGGAUGCUGCAAUUGAUAUAGAAUUAGUUAAUCAAGAGAGUGGAGAAAUUGCUGGUUCAACAUCAAAAUCAAAUCGUCCCGCUGUUGAGCCUAAUCUGAACAGUGAAUUCGACACAUUAGAUGAACCUGUUUGGGACACCGUUAGACGAGAUUUGGUUGCUAUCAGUGCUAAAUUUGCACAAGUUUUAGUGCCCAAAAGUAACAGACAGUUAUUACGAGACUGGGAUCUUUGGGGACCGCUAUUUAUUUGUGUGUGUAUUUCUUUGAUGUUGCAAGGAGGUAGAAGUGGGAAGGGCCCUCAUUUUACAGAAGUGUUUAUAUUGACUUUCUUUGGUUCAUGCGUUGUCACUUUGAAUUCAAAGCUGCUCGGAGGCAAAAUAUCAUUUUUUCAAACACUGUGCGUUCUUGGUUAUUGUUUGCUGCCUCCAGGUUUAGCAGCGAUUGUGUGCAAAUUUAUUGAAGCAUCUGUCGAGCCGACAACAUUUUUUUUCGCAUUACGUUUAUUGAUCACUGGGGCAGGUUUCAUGUGGGCAACUUAUGCAUCGAUGGCAUUCUUGUCUAACUCUCAACCGGAAAAGAGAAAAGUGCUUGCUAUUUAUCCAAUUUUCUUGUUUUAUUUUGUUGUUAGUUGGAUGAUUAUCUCACAUUCUAGUUUUUGA